AUGGGUGUACUUUGGUAUAAAAUACAUAUUUAUCUAAUGGAAUUGAGUGAAACGGACAAACCAAAACAUAGUCAUGAUAUUUUCAGAAUUAAAAUAUAUGAACUUUUUUUUGAUCAUUAUUUUGGUGAAAAAUGCACAAAAGAAUGCCUCCAAGAUUUUAUAAAAGCAUUAGAGCGAAAUAUUGCAAGAGAACAAACUAUUUUAAAUAUUUACAAAUCACUUAAAAUUUCAGAAAAUGGAACUAUUCCCAAUUUUCAUCUUGGUGAUGUUUUGAACUAUUACAGAGGAGAUGAUAAUUUAAUUGAUAAUGAAAAUAUUCAAGAUUUAUUUAAAGUAAAGUAA